AUGAAUAGAUUUGAAGAAGCAUUGGAGUAUUAUGAUUCAGCUAUUUAGAAAAACCCAGAAAAAGCAGAUUAUUAUUAUGGCAAAGGUAUAAUUAAAUGAUGUAUUUUUUUGUUUAGCAAUUACCUUAUUUAAAAUGAAUAGAUUUGAAGAAGCAUUGGAGUAUUAUGAUUCAGCUAUUCAGAAUAACCCAGAAAAAGCAGAUUAUUAUUAUAGUAAAGGUAUGACUAAACUAAAAUUUUUAAGCCAAAACUUUAUACAAAUUAAAAAAUUUUGAUUCAGCACAAAAAUAUUUUAAUUAUGCAAUUUCGAGGGACCUCAAUUAUACCAAAUAUAAAAUAUUCUAAAGUAAUAUUCUUCGAUUAUAAAUAGAUUUAUUAUAAAUUUCGUAUCAAAUAUACAGUAAUUAUUGA